CUGUGGGCUGUGGAGGAGGCAGCCUGCCGCGGCGCCUGCACCCCUCCAGGUCGUCAGCACGGACGCGGCCUGCUCCUCCAUCGCGGUCAGUCCCCACAUGCCGGGCGAGGUGGCCCUCUGCACCCGGAGCGGAGCCCUGUACUUGUGGAAUGUCGAGCUGGGGCUUCAGCGGCUGCACCAGGACGGGCAGACCAUGUUCUUCUGUGACCCCUCCCCUUGGCGCUGCAGUGACUUCACGGCCCACCCGCUGGUGCUGAGCUAUGCGGACCGUACCGGGAUGAUGGGCAUCGACCGCCGGGUGCCUGCCGGUCACCAUUUUGAGCUCUUCAAGGUGGGCAGCGAAGGGGACUGCCAGCAGGGGGAGCGCCUGGUGCAGACCAGGUACCUGGGCCAGGCCCAGCCCUAUCACCCGCGCCACGGAGGUGCUGAUUUCUCCAUGUACGUGCUGGACGAACGCUUCCCCAUGGUGCCUCUUCUCCGCUGGCAGCACAUGAUGCGCAGGCCGCCCAUCUACAGCCACCUCCUGCCCGGCGGGGGGCUGCAGCGCACCCACAAACUCCUCCUUGGCGCCUACCACUCUCAGGAGCUGCUGCUGGUGCAGUACGCAGGUGGCGGUGGCGGCACCCCGUGCCAGCUGUGGGGUAACCCCCGGAAGCUCUCCUCUAUCAGCGAGUGUCUCCCCCACUUCCCCCUGCAGGUGCCCGCCUGCCACAGUGCCCUGGAGCAGCGCCUGGCCGUGCCCACAGCUGGCUGA